AUGAUUUCCUCAGUCUUCACAUGCGGACUGAAGGAAGCACAUGAAUCACAUUUAAAGCCAACGGAGUUAUACAAGCUUAUAUCUUCGCUCGCGCUUGAUGUUCCGAAUCAAAAUAUUGAUGAACUUGAUUUAAGUAUUAUAGCUAUGUAUAUUCAUCAACUAUUUGUCUCACAAAAUCCACUGAUCCGCUCAGAAUUACUCAAAAUAGUACUCGAACUCGAAAUAUUAUCGCAUGAUUCAAUUGUAGAAGAGUAUAAUUUUGAUAAAUUAGUAGCAAACAGUUUAGAACAAAAAGUAUCGGACACAUUUACAGAUUGUGAUAACGAAAAAUCAGUUUGUUUCAGUAUAGUUAGCGUAAUGCUUCAUAUUAGACAUUAUUUACCAAAAGCCAUCAUUCGCGCUUUAAUUUCUUUAUACUAUGUACCAAAACAUAAUUACAAACCUAUUAUUCUAUCGUAUUUAGCCCAACAUUGUAUGUUUGCCUCAAAAAUGAAUACACUUUUCAAUGAAAUCAAUUAUAUUUUCAUAGAAUCGCUCGGAGAAGGUUCCACUAAGAUUAUUCCUUAUUUAUUACAGCAAGCCGAAGACUAUGAUUCACCAGCGCGAUAUUCUAUUUAUUUUUCACAGAUUUUAGUUCCGAUUUUUGAUCAUAAAUACGAUGUUCCGAGAGAUUCACUUAUAUCGAUCUUACACUCAUGGGCUGGCUUUUUUUUCUACGGAAUUGAAAAAAAUAUUUUGCCAGAAAUCUUUUUACAGAUUCCUUCAGAUCCCUCAAUCUCUGUUUCUAUUAUUAAGGGAAUACUCAAGCUAGAUUCGCUUCAGCACUCCAUUUUAACCCCUUAUCGCUCUUAUUUAAUUUCAUAUUUAAUUCAAAACAACAUUAUUGAAUCUCUUUCUGCUGUUUCAAGUAAUCAAGAUGCAUUAGAGCUUCUUAACGAGUUAGUUCGCCUUUCUUGCACUAAAACUUCUCAAAUCGACGAUCUUCCAACGACUUUUACAAGUAAUCAAGGUUCAUUUGUCAAAGAUCCAGAGGGAAGUUCCUCAGAAUUGUUUACACUAUUCAAUAUUUUCUCUACUGGCAUUCCAUCGAAAGAUAUUCUUUCAUUAGUUUCAAAUGAAGACCCAUUACAAUUGGAUUGGACCCAGAUUCACAAUCUCAUACUCAGAGUCCUUCCAUACGACGAGACAAUGGCCUUAGCAGCUGCUUCCAGAAACUUUUAUGAUUCAUUAUUGAACUUUUUCACGAAUCAGUUCAUGACGAUCAACAUUUCCCAACAGAAAAUAAUUGUAGAUGUAUUAUACUCCUUCUUUGACUUCCUUUUACCAAGGGAAUACGGAUUCGCAAUUAUUGCAUCGUCAAACGCCCUCCAGAACCUAUUUCUUCUAUCCAUUCAUAACAUAUCAUGCAAUCACAACCUUGAUCCGACAGCUCCUUUAGUUCAAGUCUUCAAAUUCUUAUGUUCAAUAAUUGUGAAGAACGAAGGAACGAAAUUGAUACAGCAAUGGGAAAUAGCGAACACCAUAUUCAAGUCUAUCGCUGCGAUCCAGUCCUUAUCCGUUGCAAAACUGAUAAUUGAAUCAAUAAAAUUAUAUCCCUGCACAACAAUUGCAGCUCCCAUGUAUUUGCGACUCCUUAUGUCCAAAGUGCAUCCUAUCUCGCACGAAGCCAUACUUGGUCUGUACAAAAAAGUGAAAGAAACUCCAAAUUUCCACAUAAACGUUUUUCUGAAAAUUUUAGUUCCAUUUAUCAAACAUUUAGACAUUUCCAAGGGCGAAGAGAUGUUUCCAUUAGCACUCACAUGUCUCUGCGACAUCAUGAUGAUGGAUAAUGCUUGUAUUAUCGAUAUUAUGGGAGAUUCACAAAUGCAUUCGAUUUUAUCUCGAAGAAGCCACGCGAUAUACUCUCUAAUACUAUCUAGAGAAGAAGCAUUAUCACUUGCAAAUACAGAUAACGAGAUAGAAUGGUGGCUGACGAAAGGAAAUCUUGAAUAUGUUUCUUUGUACAAUAACGCAGUAGAAAAAGCGUUUUCUGAAAAAAGUGACAAAGAAAUCAACAUUCCACCACAUUUAUUUGGGCAAUUAAGCAAGACACAGACAGGUCUUGCGAUGUUAUCAACAGUUAUUCCAAGACUGAUUGAUGAUUGCAACAACAAAGAGAAUAUUGACAUCCAAAGAGGAGCUUUCUUCGCAAUUGGCCAUUUAGCAUCUCAAGCACCAGAAAUGAUUGUCAGCGCGUUGGAUUUGGCAUCUAUUAUCUACAACGCUGCAAUGAAUUCGUAUUCUUACACGUUGAGAGGCACUUUGAUCGUUUGUUUGAGUUUGUUCGCAAAAACAAAAUAUUUGUCACGUUUUUUGGAAGAAAAAGGAUGGCAAAUUGUUAAUUUCAAGGAAGAAACAGCUGUUGUUCCAUCAGAUCCAACAUCUUUGAUUGUCAGACUCCCAGAAGACGAGUUCGAAACAGAAGACGAAGGUCCGAGAUACAAAGGAAAGUUUUCCAGUUUAAUUAUGCAGUUAUCGAACAUAAUAACGAUGAAAGCAGCAAAAAGCCAGUUAGUUCAGAUCUACAGAGAACAACAAGAUGAACUAUUAAGAACAGAAAACGCUUUGGCAGCCAUGGAACAGAUUUCUGAGUAUUCUUUUAAUGCAGAAGCGAGAGCAUUUGUUUAUGGAAUGUUUAGAACAACAUCUUUGAUGGGAAUGAGGCCUGUACAAGUCUCUGAAGAGGAGAAAUGCGAGGCAAGAGUGAGAGUUCACGAGAGUUUGCAACAAUCAUCUCCAAAACCUUUCUCUCAAAUUACUUGGCAGAAAUACGAACCAAAAGAAAUGACAAAUAAGAAGAUUUUGAGGGAAUGCCCUGAAUUAUACUUAAAGGACGAUUUGUUCCAAAGUAUUGUUGGACAUAACAAACAUGAUUUCUAUCAGUUGACUGAUUUGGAAAGAAGAAUGAUUCGUGAUAAGAUUUAUCGUUAA